CACCGUUGACGCAUCAACAGCAUGUUUCUCUUAGAAGACUCAUCUGGUCUCUCGAUUCCAAUCCAUCGUCUCCACUGCCCCUCUGCCACCUGGUGAGCCCAUCCAACAGAUCAGCCAUCAUGAGUCUCCGGCUCUCAUCGCUUGAUCCAAAUGAACCCCGCGCUGCCAAAGACUGCCGCAUUUGCAAUCGACGCAGGAUCAAAUGCGAUCGAUCCUUGCCCACCUGCAAGAAAUGUGAUCUCAAGUCCCUGUCAUGUCCCGGUUAUGGCUUACGGAUUCAAUGGGGCCAGGGCGUAGCCAGCAGGGGCAAACUCACUGGCAAAACCCUGCCAGUCCUGGAGCCUGUCUCGACCGAAGAUUCAGACAAGGGCCUCAAGGGUAGCCUCGACCGUACCAACUCGGCUACUUCUUUGGGUGAUCGACUGACUAAAAUGGAAUCAACCUCUACAUCCUCGCUCUCUGAGGCUUUGCCAACCCCUGAUGCCACCACGACGCCUCUAGACUCGACCGUCCUGGAAGCGAUGCCUGGGCAUGAGCAUCUUCCUUCGUUAUUACAGGACCCUGGCGUCCAGGAGCUGCUACAGCAUUACGACACACAAGUUGCCUCUGUCAUGCCUUGGAUAGAUGGUCCAACCAACGGCUGGCGCACCGUCAUGCUCCCUCUGACCACCAGAUCUCUCUCGCUAUUACUCGCAAUUCUAGCUCUCGCCGCCGAGCAUUUCACUGCUACCAAGAAGCAGAGUCGAAGGUCUGACUACUACCGGGACUGGAGUCUACGGCUGUUGGCCCAAGAUCUGCGCAAAGAUCUCGAGGAAGAUUCGUUGGACGAGCGUAACGAGCAUGUCAGCGGCACCCUUGCCACUAUUCUCAUCCUAUGUAAUAUGGAAAUGAUCAGGUCCGACAAUGAGCUCUGGACUGUGCACUGGAAGGCAGUGAGGACCAUUACCCGGCGCUGGACAACUACCAACCCACCCACGCUUCCUCUCGAUCCCAGCCUCCGCUUUCUGAUCAAGGAAGCCUUCGUCUAUGACGUGUUUGCCUCGUCCACGACCUUUCACCAGGGCGACAGCAUCCCUUCCUCAAUUGUCUCCGACUCCGAUCGCAACAUCUUUUCUGACUGGCUUGAGAUCAUUCAGGAGGUGACACAUACCGAGCGCUGCCUCCAUGAUGACCCCGACAGUGCCCAGAUCUCGCACCACCUGCGCGACGCCAACUUCCUACGGGAUCGCUUCGAGUAUGCGCGAGCCAGCUCCCUGCACUACAGCCACUUGGUGCAGCUGAACUCUGGCGCAACCUCGUUACGCAACGACCUAGCACAGUUGAUUGAGAUCUUUCACUACUCUGGUCUGCUGUACAGCUUCCAGGCCCUGCUGAAUGUCGAGGACUCCGGACCAGCUCGCCAGGAACUCGUCCAGCACACCGUGCACUCAAUCGACCAGAUCCAGGAAUGCAAUGCCUUUCAGCACGACUUUGUCUGGCCUCUCUUCAUCAUAGGCACCGAGAGUAGAGCCAGCCCGGAUCUUCAGCAAUUUGUCGAGUCCCGCGUGCAAACCGCCAUGAAGUCCACCGGCUUCUCCAAUUGUGAGCCUUCGUUGCGCUUUCUAAAACACUUCUGGCAGACUUCGCCAGACACUGUUGUUGAUUGGUUACAGUUUGGUCGUCAAGAGGCUGACCGAGGUUUUACCUUUUUGGUCAUAUGAUCGCAUUCUUUUACACUUAGCAUGUGCCUAUGUGUGUCUCGGAAGCCAUCUAUACUACGAGUGCUCGAUGCUCCGGCACUUGCGAGCGAGUCUUGAUUGCAUGCAUCCGAGUCUUCAGCCUUGCGCCAUUUG